UUAACUCAAAUCAGUCCCGAUGUAUCGGUGACAUUUCAAUGCUUUGUUAAUCUCUACUGUAGUACAGUAUGAUUGCAUGUCAAUGACAUUUUCAUAUCAUUUGUGCAAAUGUGCAUGUGUCUUCUUGAAGAAUUUGAAGACUGGAUGUUUAACGUGUUUUUUCUUUGUUAUUUAAAUUUACAUAAUGAAGUAUGUACUAAAACUAUUCAUUUUGAUCUGUCUAUGGUCAUUCAUCAUGUAGACUUAAAAAGUUUUAUUGCCUAGGGAUUUUACAAUCAGAGAUUACAUUAACCCAAUAAAGUGCCAAAAAAAAAACAUUUUUAUUUCUUUAUUUUUUUCUGAAGUACCAUUGGUAUAUAUUGUUAUAUGUUAACCUUCCACUGACAUGGUAUUCCCAUGUGAUACCAUCACUGCACCUGGAGCAUUUCUAGCCUUUCAUAGGCCCCUAGUCUAAACAAACAAAUAAAUAAAUAAAAAGUAAGUAUACCCAUAGUUUGAUACUCUUUUUUUGGUACGGUUAUAUAUUUUGUAAAUAUAAAUUUUCUUGGCCUGCAGUAUUCACAAGUUGCAGGCACAGUACUGAGCAGCUUCUUUGCUGCCAAACAAUAGAAUACAUUUGCACAUUUUGUUUCCUACAAAGGACUGUAGGCAAAUAUCUGUCCAGUGCUCUUUUUUGUCAUAAAGAAUCUAUCAGGAUGUGAGAAACCUCUUCAAAUGAUGCAAUGUGUGAGUGAACGGUCUGAAUGAAUCAAACUGAACCAUGAACGGUUUCAGACCUUUUUACAGAACAGCACAUGGUAUAUGGUAAUCUCCACAGUCAGACAAGGAUUUAACAGUAAUAUUUUACUGAGACACACAGCGAUACUUCACUGGGGUUUGUGCCUCAGUAAAAAGGCUGCCCUGUACCAUCGUAGCACUACAGCAAUUAAACAGUCCUUUGUUUAGGGCUCCCCCCUUGUUGAUGAACAAUAAAAUUGUGCCAUAUCAAUCUCGGUUUCAGUGUACAUCUGCUAACAAUGGAUGGUUCUCUGGUAAACUCUGGAAUACCACUGGCAUCACAAACAGUGGUUUCCCCCGUUACUCAAAGCUCUGGCAACUUGAGCGGGAAGCCUCGGGACAAGCGGAAGACUCCUGCAUUUUUGUCCAACUUGGGCAAGGCUACCUUAAGAGGCAUCCGCAAGUGCCCUCAGUGUGGCGUUUACAAUGGCACCCGUGGCCUCAGCUGUAAGAACAAGGCCUGUGGAACCAUCUUCAGGGAUGGGGAGCAUGGAACGGGACAUUUAAAGAAAGGGGCAUGUGAAGUGGUUCGAGUUGUGACAGACAGUGGAGGUGGCAGGGCUGGGGGGCCACAAGUGUUCUCUGUGCGUCAGCGGGGACGUGGCUCUGAACAACGGGGCUUUGUUGAGUUAGUCCUCACGGAUACAGCCAUUACUACUGCAGAUGGAACCCUGUUGACCCGUGUCAACCUUGGUCGCUGUUACAUGCCCUCUUGCCAGCAGAACGAAAGUGAGUUGGCAGUUGAAGGUGGCCAUCAGCAAGUGUUGCAACCAUCCAAAAGUCCCUGUAACCAUGUGAAGCAAGCCAUGGAGUGUCAGACCCAAGCAACACCUCUGCCACUCAAGAGCUCUGUGCUGGAGGCCCUAGUGACCACUUCCCAGGCUAAAGAGGAGUUGUGGAGACUGGCUACCGAGACACCGGGACCCCUAGUGCAGAGGGUCUCUAAAGGGACCCUAAUAGUGAAGUGCCAGCCAGGUGAAGCCCACCCUCUGGGACUGCUGCAUCUGACAACGACCAUAUCUGGUGUUAAAGACAAGACUGUGGGUCUGGCUCCCUUUCGCUGUGCAUGUUACGCAUCUAAUACCAAGGGGGAUUUGGGGGUGAGAAAUGAGGGUCAGUCUAAUAUCAACGAAGGAGAAAAUUCCCACCAGCAUAGUUUACCUGAGCGCUGCCUCCAUUUCUAUGCUUGCGUUUGUGCCUUCACAAGUGAUGAAAAGCUGGCCUCGGAGUUUUCAGCUUUCCUCAACUACAACAUUAAUGGACUGCAGGAGAGGGCAGAUGCCACAACGCUCAGUAUACCUGACUCUCAGCAGCACAUUGAGCCUUCCAGUUCUCAUCGUUCCAAGAGACUCAAAUUUGUGGAGUCCUCUACUGCUUCUUUUGUGUCCUCCACGUUUCUUCUGGCUGUCAAAGAUACUUCUGCUCCCACCCUAAACCAGCGCAAGCCCACUCACAGAAAACACUCCAGCUCUACUGGGCUUAGGAACCCAGGAAGUAGCCAGCCGGUGGAUGAGACACAUGUGUCACUGGGUUUCCAGCAGUGGUUGGCCAGUGUUACUGAGAGGAUCCAUCAGACGAUGCACUUUCAGUUUGAUGGAAAGCCUGAGCCGCUGGUGUUCCACAUCCCUCAGGCUUUCUUCAAUGCCUUACAGCAGCGUUUAUCAUUGGGCUCAAAGAAGAGACGAUUACCCAACUACACCACCACAUUUGUGCGUAAUGACGCUUUGCCUCUGGGCUCUUUCUCUAAAUACACCUGGCACAUUACCAACUUGAUGCAUGUGAAACGCAUCUUUGAUACCCCAGAGUUACCUCUAGAACUCACUCAAAGUUUUGUGAAGAACAGUGACGGCUCCUAUUCACCGUAUCGCUGUCGGGAAACUCCUCCUGAUCCUGGAUCUGACACCUGCCACCAUUCACGCACCAAUAAGCCUCUGGCCAUCAGACCACUGGAGCUACGUACCUUCCUCAGAGUGGGGACAUGUGCUGCUGAGCAGACAGAGCCUGUGCCCUUUGUGAUUGAAUGGAUCCCAGACAUCCUUCCGCACUCACAGGUGGGAGAACUGAGGAUCGGGUUUGAGUAUGGCCAUCAGCUGGGCAGUAAACCGGAGCACUGCAAGAGCUCUGCUGGGUCAGAGAGAACAGAACAAACAGAUGCCAUCCCACACCAGUGAAGACCCACUGUAGUAACACCUCAUGCAAUUCGACAAUUACAGGUCUCCAUUGGUCAUAAUGUUCCCUUAUAAGGAAAAUCAAAAACAAUCUCACAUUCUAUUGCACUUUAGAUGAGAAUAAGAAACUUACAAGGUGCUGCUCAGGAAAAUGUUCAUUUUCAGAAACAGGUUUAAAGGUUGCAUGACAGCACUGGACAUACAAAUGUAAAAUAUUUAUAAUACAAGUGUACAAAAAAAACAGUGUUUCAUGUUUUGUGCUGUACAAUAUCACAUAGUCAUGAUUUCACAAUUUCUUGUUUUCAGAAACCAUGUGCAUUGAAACGUUUCUGUGUUUACAUGUGAAAGAUUGAGAGAACGCUGUAUUCAGGCUGAUUAACUAAAAUAUUAAAAGCCUAUAUCUGCUGGUAAUAA